CAAAGACUUGGUAAAUUAUCAAUAAUUCCGAAUUUGUUUGUAAAGAAUGGCAAAUAUUCUGCAAAAUGGAGACAAACUUGGUCGUGUUCUAGUACAGGUGCAGAAUGAUUUGAGUCAGCUGAGAAAGAGACUGGAUGAAAUAGUUGUGUGCGAGAAGGGCGAGACUGUGGCUGUUCAGGAGCUCGACACUGCAAUAUGCGGGACAGAGAAGUCCAUAAAGAGGCAUGCUGAGGAAUAUCUAAAGGCUAUAAAUAAACAAGUAUUGACACUUCCCAUUAUUGAAGACCUUGAGAAGAAGACUGUGAAGAUUGCCAAAUGGCAGCCAUCCCUUGAGACCAUCCCAGACAUGCGUCCUCUGAAAAGCUUGACCGUGGGCGCAUCUCCUGGGCAGAAGCACAAGACAGCAUUUACCAUGCGCCUGCUAUACAACCCCUUUCACCCAAAAAACAGAGACGUCAUGCACCAGAACUACGGCAUUCAACUUCCUGCUCUGCACAAGAAAACUAGGCGCACUCCAGGAACCCAGAAAGUGGUCACUGGCCCUAAGGUGGGGAGCUUAGCUGCUAUACCCGUAGGACUCCAGAACCACAAGCUCUAUCCUGUACCACCUCUCUGUGAAGAAGACAUGAGAGCAGGCAUUGUUGGUGUCUCAGAGAAAGGUCUACCACCACCAGUCACUGAUCUUUGUUUUGUGCAGAGGCUUGUUAAACCCAAGGCAACCCUGCUGCACCAGAGAGUGGACAGCAGCCCCAACAAGAUGGACGUGUGUGAAAAGGCUGAGUACAGGCAGAAGGAGGCAAGCCACACUAAGCAUGUCAUGCAAGCCCAGGGAACGUCCGGCCCAGAACGCCUGCAGACGUGUGCCGCGCCCACACCGCCCCCCACUGCUGCCUCCGAAAGCCGACUUCUCCCCCAGGGCCCAGUGCGACUCACCCCACUCACUUCUCAGUGCACUCCAGAACUGGCUCCCAUCAGCCAGCACUGCUUCUCCAUAGUGAAGGGCAAGAUCGAUCCGCACGCAGCCGAUUUCCGUGCGUUUAAGGAGCACCACUGCCUGUGCUGGGGUGCGCUGCUGGAGGCCGUGUGGCAGCUGCAGCGGCUGCUGCAGGACUAUGCCGUGCCGCACGCGCGUGUGCACGGCGAGCGCCUCGCGGUUCUGGUGCAGAGUGGCGAGCUGGCCUGGGGAGGCGGUGCGGGUGCCGUGGGCCACUACAGAGGCGUGGAGCGCCUCCUCUCGGCGCUGGAGAACAGGGAGGAGGUGCUGGAGCUGGUGCGGCAGCCAGGACGGCGCUACAAGGGAGAGGGGGGUUGGCAGGCGGCUGCAGUGCGCAUCCAGGCCUGCUGGAGGUGCUACCGGACCCGUGCUGCCUAUUUGCUCCAGCGAAGGCACAAGUGGGCAGCUGGAACCAUCGCCAUCUCCUGGCUACUGCACGCCCAGCUGGGCCGCGUGAGGAAGAGCCUGCAGGCAACCCGCCUCCGCCACCUGGAGAAUUACCGCAGUAGAGCAGAGGGUCUUGCAGCCAACUGGAAUCAUCUUACCACCUCCAGGAGGACUAUUAUCCACAUGCCCUCAUUAGGAUACUCCCAGCAGCAGCGUCACAGUCUCAGAGCAUUUGACAUACUGCAGAACACCCAGAUGGGCCGUCUGUGUGACAUCAGAGAUGAGAAUGUGGAGGUGAUCUACGUGUGUCCAGUGCUGCUGGGAGAGGACCUGCUCCACUACUACACUCAGCUGCUGGGCCUCCAGGGGUCUGUGCAGAGCGGAGAGCCCACAGCACCCCCCACUAGCUCUGCCAGACGCUUCACCAUCCUCACGCCUGAGGCACACCAGCACUUUCCAAACCACAGGAUGUGUGUGUCCACGCUGCUGAUGUACAGCCCGCGCACACUGCGCCGCAUUAGGGCCCUGAUCCUGGGGAGGCGGGCCUACCUUGUGGGCGGGGUCCCUCACACGGAUGACCUGGCUGUGGCGGACGAGCUGGAUGUGCCCCUGCUGGGCCCGGAGCCCGCUGUGGCCCAGCUCUACGGAACCAAGUCCGGAGCCAGAAGGAUCUUCAGCAGUGCUGGGGUCACCGUGCCACCUGGGCAUGGGGAUAUAUACACAUUGCAGCAGCUGUACGAAUGUCUGGCACAGCUGAUGACGGCUCACUUGGAGGUGCAGCGCUGGCUCUUUAAGCUGGAUGGAGAGUUCGGAACCCGCGGCACGGCCUACUGCGAUGUCUGUCACGUGAGCAUCCGGCCCUGGGCCCUGCAGCAGUACCGGCGUCACGGGCCGCAGCGCUGGAUACUGGCCUGGGCUCAGGAACCAGUAUUCCUAAAGUUCCUGGAGGCAGUACCUGCUCUGCUGGCAUCCCAUGCCAAGCCUUUCAACACAUCCUGCUACCCAACCUGGGCCUGCUUCCUGGAGCACUUUCUCCAAAAAGGUGGCGUGAUUGAGGCGUACCCCCCCUCAGACAGCGUGACGAGCCUGACAGCGGAUCUGCUGGUGGAGCCGGGAGGAGAGGUGCAGGUGCUCUCCUGUGGCGACCAGCUGCACGGGCCCGGUGCCCUGCAAGUGGCAGGCUGCUCCGUGCCCCAGACCUCCGUGUGCCCCGACGCCCUCCACUCCAUCUGCAUGCGCGUGGGCAGAGUCUGCCAGCAGCACCAAAUCUUGGGACACCUUUCUGUGGAUCUGGUCACGUUCCUGGAGCCCGGGACCCCGGAACAGCAGGUGUGGGCUGUUGAUCUGGACCUAGGCUACAGUAACCAGCUGGCCAUGACCCAGCUGAUGCUCCUUAUGACAGGGGGAACACUGGACUGCCACACUGGUCGUCUGGAGGUCCCUCCAGUCAGAGAUGCCAAGCCCACUGCACGGCACAGACCAGCACCAGGCCACAGCCGCUUUGCAGUGAUGAGCAGCCGGCUCAUUCAUACCAACCUCGCCAUGGUUCACUACAGCGUGUUCUUUCAGAUGUGCAAAGCACAGGGCAUAGGCUUUGACAUCAAGGCAAGGCAAGGUUCUCUGUUCGCCCUCCAUGACAGUGCAGAGAGGAGCAGCCUCAGCAUGCUAACAAUCUCGCCAGAUCUCCAGGGAGCACUGCUGACCUUUGCUCGCAACCUGUCUGUCAUUCAUCAAGAAAUAUCAGCCCCAAAUAUGCAAGGAGAGACCAAUUUUAAGGACCUGAUGAAGAAUAUUGAGGAGGUGCUGGGUGUGACCAUACAAAAUGUUAGAAAAGAUCACAAAGAAGAGCGGAAAUAUGCAGAGUAUAAUUAG